GCGGGGAAUUUCAGUCGGGUUAGCGAUGAUAAGGGUUCCAAGGCAUUUGAUCCGUCAAUAGAGCCCCUGUUUCCUUUGCUCUUCUACUUGUUCUUUUUUUUUCUACUCUCUCUUUUCUUCACUUAUAUUUCUUUACCGUCAUUUUUUCUUUCUAUUCAUUUUUUUUGAUAUCACUCGUCCAUUCCUUUUUACUUUUACAUUCUUCUGUCCACUCAUCAUGCUAACGGUUUCAUCCAAGGAAUCCAAAUGCAAUGCCAAGAAACCCAACUAUGACGUAUUUGAUUCUCCUUUCCAUACGCCUGCCUUAUUUACCAGCACCAGCUUACUUGAUUCCUCCGCUAUCGAUCCUUAUCUCUAUGAGCCUUUCUUCGCAUUCAAGGAGAACCCAACUUUAUCCUCAUCACUACCUUAUGAUCCACUGUUGAAGGCCGUGAAUGGAUCGGCUGACAAAACAUCACCGAGAAUUCGAUCUCCAAAACAUGAACUGAAUCCUUAUCAAUCCGACCUCCUCAGACAAGAUACUUCAAUGGUGUAUACCUACAUGCGCAAGUGCGCACGAGAUAACAUACCGGCGGACAGUUCAAAGCUAACAACAGAUCAACCCUAUUAUCACUCAACCUCAACAAAUGGUCAGAUAGUGUCAUCCACUUUUAUGUCAGAGUUGACUCUUGGCGAAGGGUCAGAUAGACUCUCGAUGGAUCUGUCUAAACACUCCUUCAGCGACAGCAAAGACAUUAUUCAAGAUCUACAUCGUCAAAUGAAAGAAAUUAAACUUGAACUGGAUAAUACACGAUACAUGUUUGCCAACUUGCAAAGUUCGAUGACGGCCAAAGAUAUGGAAAUUCAUGAACUCAACUGUCGUUUGCAGUUGACUUCACAGUUGUGCGAAGCCCAGGCUUUCAAAUUGGCCAGUAAAGAAAAUGAGUUGGGUCUUUAUCAAUCGUUAAUCAAUGUUCCAGCCAACGCGUCGGAGCAACGAGUCGAAUUACUGAUCAAGGAAAACACGGAUCUAAAGACGAAACAGUACAAAUUACAACAAGAACUGCACUUGGAACGGCAGCGAACGAAGCUGCAAGAUCAUGAAGCACAGCAAUUAGGGAAUCGAUCAACAUGUGAAUAUACAACCUCCUCUGGAAGACGUAACGUUUGUACGCCACCCCCUGAAAAAGCGCAUGAUCAUGGCAUAUAUUUGUCGCGACGUUGGAGUGAAGUGAAACCAAACGUGGACCGCAAAUCUGGAUUGACCACCACAGAUUAUCGUCGGUUGAUGGAUAAGCAUGUGAAUGCAGAUUGGGAGGGUCUCGUUGACCGAAUUCUUCAAAAUACAGAUCAGCAAGCGUCGAUAUUCCUUCAACAAAAGUUAAAAUGCGGGACACCUGAACAGAAGCAGCAGAUUUUUCAAGCCGCUCUGCCUCACGCGUUUGCUCUGACGACCAACCGCUUCGGAAAUUUCUUGGUGCAACGUUUGCUGGAACUCGGCACCCAAGACCAAGUCCAACAACUCGCAAGCACCAUGCAGGGUCAUGUUUUAACUUUAGCUCGAGAACCCUUUGGUUGUCAUGUCGUACAAAAGGCUCUUGAUUAUGUAGACGAAAACAUGAAAUACAGCUUGAUAUCCGAGCUCUUUAUGGAAAUUCCUGAAACCAUCAUGCACAAGUAUGCCUGCCACGUUUGGCAAAAGAUUCUCGAAAUCCGAGCCUCCGAUAGCAGUCCAUCGAUUAUGAACCAUGUUCACGAUGCUCUGAGAGGCCAGUGGGCUCACGUUGCACUCGACGAAACCGGGAGUUUGGUAAUUCAAAACAUAUUUGAGAAUCUUUGUGAAAGAGAUAAGCGCCCUGUACUUGAAGAAGUGUUGAACGACAUUCCCAUGAUUGCUAAAGGCCAGUGGGGCAACUGGGUCAUCCAACACGUUUUGGAACAAGCUGAAAAACAGAGCGAUCGUGAUCGCGUCUUUGAUAAGGUGCUCGAGGAAGGGAUUCAGUUUAGCAUGGACCAGUUCGCAUCCAAGGUGGUUGAAAAAGCUUUACGGAUCGGUGGUCUGUCGUUUUUGGCCCGAUUUAUUGAACACAUUUCAAAGAGUCACUCUUAUCAUCGCCCACGAAUUGCCUUGAUUGAUAUUGCCUCGGAUCAAUAUGGUAAUUACGUAGUACAAUGGAUCAUCAACAAUGGCGCCGAGGACCAAAAAAUCAAAGUCUGCAAACUUAUCAAACGACACAUGGUGUCGCUUCGAGGUUCCAAGUACGGACAACGUGUAGCGUUUCUGGUCGAAAAAGUGCUCAGAAACUGCUAAACAAAAGAAGAUUUAAUGCUAUCCAUGCAAGAGUUUUUUUUUUCCUUAUCUAUCUAAGGUGUUACACAUCACAACGACCUAUCUUAUAUAACAGAAAGACCUGCCACUUAUUUUUGCAGCUUCCAAAAACC